UGUGACUGUCCCAGCGAUGCUACGCAGCAGACCGGUGUGAAGUGUGAGCUCCUGGGGACAGAAGCUGGGAGCUCGGCUGGAGGUUCUGCGGGUGGUGGUUGCUCCAGAGCACGGACUGCAGCGCCGGGAAGUGUCCUCCUGCCAGGCCUGAUUUGACUUCCAAUGAUUUGAAGGAGAUAACGUUACCUGGAGUCUCCGCACUGCCAGAGAGAUUCAGUGAGGACCUGUUUCAUAUGUAGACCUACAUCCUCCAAUUACACACACGAUGGCUGCAGUGCAGACUCUAACCCUGUCCAUUGACCAGAACCCUGAGGUCAACCUUCCUCAAGAUCAGGCAAGCUCAAGGUCACCAGACCCAGAGGACACUAUGGGAAGUGUGAGCAGUCUUAUCUCUGGAAGACCUUAUCAUGACAAGCAAUGCAAGGCAUCCGAAUUUAGCAACAAGUGCCGUAAACCUGCCAGCAUGCCAAACUUUUUUAAGCAGCAGGAGAGUCUCCUAAAAAGUAAUUAUAACUCCCAGGAUCCACUUUUUAAUGGAAUUCCUACAAAGAAACCUUGUGCUGCUACCUCUGGAAGUAAUGGGAAUUAUACCUAUGUCAAUGAGGACUUUAAGGAAGAGUGGCGAGAAGCCAGAGCUCCCCGUAGCCCUUGCAGUGAUGUGGAUGAUGUGCGGGAAGACAGGGCCCUCAAUGGGAAUAUAAGAGGACCUCCACCCAAACUUGUUCCGGUUUCUGGCAAACUGGAAAAGAACAUUGAGAAGACCUUGAUAAAACCAACAGCUUUCAAACCAGUGGUGCCGAAAAAACGGAACUCUUCUUUACAAUAUCUUGUCCAAAGGAAUGCAGGUCCUAGCUUAUCGGACAGCCAGGGCAGUUUAAACCUUCUUUUCAAUGGAAACUCUAUGGGGACGAAUGAGAAGCACAACUCGCUUAGCUGCAGGAACAGUUCCAUCUCUGGAACAAUGUCAGACUCUGGCCGGAACUCUCUGUCUAGUCUUCCCACCUAUAGCACUGGUGGCAGUCACCAGCUAGAGCCAGUGAGCAUGUCUAUGAGUCAUAUUAACCUAGAUAAUCACAAUAACGUAAAUGGUUUUUCUGAACGAGUAUCACGCACUAGGACACGUCCUUCGAACUCUGACAGUGGACGCUCAUCUUCUAGUAAAAGCACUGGGUCCUUAAGUGGAAGAGGGAACCAGUCAUCUGAUAGUGGCUCUUGUGAUAGGUCACCCAUCAUCAAUGAGGAGCUCCUUAUUAGAGAGCUGGAGGAGAAGUUAAAAGACAGGGAGAUGGAACUACAGCACCUGAAAGAAAAUCUGGAUGAAAAUGAGGCAGCCAUUUGCCAGGUUUAUGAAGAAAAACAAAAACGAUGUGAGCAGGAGAUGGAGGAGCUACGUCAAAGCUGUGCCCUCAAAAUGAAGCAGGCUUCCCAGAAGGCUCAGCGGAUGCAGCAGGUUCUGCAGCUCCAAAUAUUCCAGCUACAGCAAGAGAAGAAAAAACUUCAGGAGGAUUUCUCUCAACUUCUCCAAGAGAGGGAACUACUGGAGAAGCGGUGCGCCUUGUUCGAGAGGGAACAGACAGAGCUUGGGCCACGAUUAGAGGAGACAAAAUGGGAGGUUUGCCAGAAAUCUGGUGAAAUUUCUCUACUCAAACAGCAGCUGAAGGAUUCUCAGGCUGAACUAUCUCAGAAAUCCAAUGAAAUAUUACUGCUUCGUUCCCAGCUGAGAGACACUCGUUCUGACCUUCAGAUCAGUGAGGAGCAAAUUCAGGAACUUCAGGACACCACUCAUACAAAGACGCUGGAGUUGGAGGUGUGCGAGAAUGAACUGCAACGCAAGAAAAAUGAGGCCGAGCUGCUACGAGAAAAGGCCAGUAAGCUGGACCAGGAGGUGGCUAGUCUCCGGGAAGCAGCUGUGGCCAGCCUUCGGCAUGGACUGUGCCAUUGCUAUGAGAAGGAAGAUCCAUUCUUGCUUUACGAAAGUGAUGAGGCCAAAGCACAGCGUCAAAAUUCUGAAAACCUGCAUAGCCUAAAGCAGUACAUGGAAAAGUUAAGGGAGGCCUUGGUGAGUGAGCGCAGAAGAAACCAGGAACAGUUUGAAAACUUUGAGGAAGAACGACGCAUCUGGCAGGAGGAAAAAGAGAAGGUGAUCCGAUAUCAAAAGCAGUUACAACACAACUAUAUCCAGAUGUACCAACAGAACCGGGAGCUGGAGAGAGAGAUUAAACAGCUCACUCUGGAACUGGAGGCAAGGGAAUUUAAUGAAUUUGACUUGCACGGUGCUGAGAUUCAGUUUGAAGAAAUCACAGCCACAGAAAUUUAAAGCCAAUAUAGUACCACGUAUGCCUUGUUUUUGGACAUUCCAGUGGUUGGUCUUGCCAAAAAGCAACUUGCCCACAAAUGCUGUUGCAUUUAUUGUAUAAAAGAUAUCUUGCUUUUAUAUUGACAGAAGAACUCAAACAUCUGAUUGACAGGAUAUUGUGUGAAUAGAUGUCUAAAAUGUCUAAUAUGAGUUCACAUUUCCAUCUGAUCUGUUCUAAAGGAGCCAUAUCUGACCUCACAGGCCGUGCUAAACAUGCCUAAUGGACUAAAGCAGUGUCCUUGGGCAGGAACGUUAAUGAAACCAUAUUCCGUUCUCAGGACAGCCAUUUUGUUGUGGUCACCUUAUGCAGCAGAUAAGGAUUCUGGGAAGUAACAUCAAGCAAAGAGGCUUCCAUUGGAUACUUAGUUUUAUUUAAUGGCACGUCAGCCCUGUUUUCUUGCUUUUUCUCUUUUGUCGAUGUUAAUCAUACUGUAGCUAUGCUUUUUAAUGUUCUUUUCUCACAUGUAACAUCUGCCAUUCGCUUAGGGUUUGUAUUCUCCAUUAACACAGUAGCAGGUUUAGGUCACCGCUUGUAAAUAAUGUAAGAUAAGAUAUUUUGUUUCCUAAAGUGAAAUGACUGGCUUUGUAAACUAUGACUAGCACCUUCUUCUCUGUCUCUUCCUGUCUGACAAACAUAGUCGCUUUCGAUCUCAGGUAGGUAAAUUGCUAGAGCACAAUCGUAACAAAGACUUCAGAUAAUAGGAUUUGCAAUAGAAAGACCGUUCCUUCUCCUAGUUCUCAGAGGGCCUGUAGCUCACUGUCAUACAACCAAGCCAUACUGUACGUGGAAGCCCCUCUGCCUGCUGAGAGACUUAGGGGGUCUUAUACUACUUUUUGUGACUCCUCCUUUAAUUCACCUUUUGUUAUUAUAAUGGCAUUUAAAGAGGUUUUCCAACCAUAAGAACUUGUCACCUGUUGUUAUCGGAUUGGUGGGUGUCCAAUUGCUGAGGCCCCCACUGAUCACGAAACUGGGGUCCCUAAGUCCCUGAUGUAAAUGGAGUGGGAUUCACAUGUGCACCCUGUCGCUCCAUUCAGCUCCCUACAGAACUGUUUCAAUACUCAGCUAUCUCUGGCGGUAACAUAGAGAUGAAUGGCGUGAUUGUUGUUCCACUCACUCCGGAGUCACUCAUAGAUUAACAUCUAUCCUGUGAUUUCUAAAUCUAAUAAUUUCUAGGCACAUAGGGGGAGAUUUAUCAAAACCGGUGUAAACUCCUUUGAAAAAUGAAAGGUGGAAUCUGAUUAGUUGCUAGAGGUAAUUAAGCCAGUUUGCCUUUACACCAGUUUUGAUAAAUCUCCCCCUUGGUCUUCCUGAUUGUUAUAGGGGUGAUAACAUGAAUAAAAGUUCCUGUAUCACCUCCUGGGGUUUCUCUGGGCAAUACAGAGGAAGAGAUGACGGUGUGAGGCCAUUCAGGUGGAGUUUGAAUGUGGUCACGAUUUAUUGUCCUUUCUAGGGGCAGUCACCACCAUAAACCACAGCCGCCCAGUGACUUUUUGGCAUGCAAUCCAUGCCAAGUUCAGCCUACAAAAGACUCUGUCUCAACAGCUCCAAACAGUCUUGCCCCUCCUUUACACACAAAGAACCAGGAGGUAAAACUUUUAAUGCUUCCUCCUGAUUUCAAACAAGUGCUUGAUUCCUGUUCGGUGACCACCAAUUCUGUCCAUGUGGCUUCAUGUACAGAAGUGGUCACAGGAAAUCUGGCUGAAAGAAAACAGGCAUGUGCUAUCUGCCAACUGAGAAGUAGCCUAGUGGGAGACAUUGUAUACAGAGAUCAGCUUUCUGAUGGCUAGCUCCCCCAGCUUCACCAAAACAUGCAUGCUUGGCUCUUUCGAGGGUGCAUAUUACUGCCAUACAGAGAGACGACAAGCAGCUGCCAGACUCUUUAGGUAGCACUCAUCUUGUAAGGCAAGGAUCUGCAACCUUCGGCAUUCCAGCUGCUGCAAAACUACAACUCCUAGCAUGCACUUUUAUCUUUUUUUUUUAAUCUCCCAUAGAAAUGAGAGGAGAAUUCUGGGAGUUGUAGUUUCAGAACAGCUGGAGUGCCGGAGGUUGCUGAUCCCUGUUCUAAGGCAUUCAUUCUGCCGCCCUGGUUUCUCUUGAUGUCUGCCCGUUCAGGGACAUUUGAGCUACCCUCAUACACAUGGCUUUAUUUUAUCCUACAGCUAGAUUUACCAGUGUGAAGACUGAUGAAUGCUGAGCUAUGAUUUUUUGAAUGAAAGGACUGUUUUUGUAAAACUAAGGGUUUUUUUUGAGCAUUUUGGACUACACUGACAAUAUAUACCAUUUGUGUUAUUAUUGCCGUGUGUUACAAUUUUUCAUUUGCAAUAAAAGACAAAAAGCUUAAUUGCCACUGUCAUGACAUGAUAAGGUUAACAAUAGGGAGUGAGCGAAAUCUCAAAAAGCUAAGUGUAUUAAAGCCAAUACGAAGACUUAUUCCCAUACUUUAUGGGCUAUUUGUUUGUGAGCCUAAUAAUAAAACCUGGCGAUACAUCCAGAAAUGUAUUAAAAUGUCUUUUGU